AUGUUUAUACUACUUCAGCUAUUCUUAUUAUUCUCAUUUUUCAUACGCUUAUCGUCUGCCGCUACGUUUUCUCCAGAUACAAGUGAUUAUGACGCAUAUGGACUGAAAAUAGCUGCUAAUAAUUUAUUGAUUGUCGAAGCUCUCAAUGAUUAUAGUGCAUUUCUUUUUCAAUUUGAACCCUACACAGAUAAUAUUACACAGACCAGUGAUCGAAGUUGUUUAAUUUCAUAUUUUGAUUAUUCACAAUUUAUCUAUACUAUUGCUCUCGGUAUAAAUCAAUCAACUUACGACAUUUUCUUUGUUGGUGAAAUGAUUGAUCUCGAUAAACAAACUCCAUUGGAAAAUCGUACAUUUGUUGGUAUCCUUAGUUAUACAGGCUCUCUUACUACAAUUGAUUGUGAUACUUUCUAUGGUACUACGCAAUUUAUUCCAGGAACCUUUGUUCAUCAAGAACAUUUAGUAAUGGUAACUGAUUCAAUUGGUUCGGUUGCAUAUGGUUUUUCUGAUCUCUUUACAUUUUCCUAUACAGCAGCUACAGACAAUUUAGUUGUUCAUAAGACAAACUCACUUUCUCCUUCAAUAUCAUUUUUACCUGUUGCUGUUGAUUAUGAUGGUAACCUUGGUGUUAUUGUUGGCUUUCUCGAUAAUGGUCGAAAUUCACGUAUUAAAUAUCAUGCAACUAUUAUCCUGUUUAGUAUCAGUGCGUCAACAGCUAUUGCAACACCAAUCAGCUCAUGGAAUUAUUCAGCAAGUGCAACAUCAUGGCAAUCUGGAUUAACAAAUAUAGGAGCUGAUCAGUAUGCAGCUAAAUACGACAUGUCUGUUAGUAUAAAUCCAAUAGCAACACAAGUUCUUGUUGGCAUACAAUCAAUCAAUACAGUAUUUCUAUUCCAUUAUACAACAACAGCAUUGACAUUGAUUAGUUCCAUGAGUCCUGGUCAGGCAAUUGGUUUUGGUAAAGGUGUUGCUUGGCUCAGUUAUACUUUCAAUAGAUUUGCCAUUCUUGUUAAUGUUUAUUCAACAGAUUAUGUUUGGAGUUCUUCAAAAAUCUAUAUAUAUGACAGUACAUUAACGAGUACAUCGACUCCGAUCUCUAUUUUCCCAAAUAUUCAACAACCUCUCUAUAAUUAUAUGUCACCUGUUUUUCUCAAUAUUAUCACAACUCCACACAAUUUAGUUCUUCUCGAUAAUCAAGGUGAUCUCUUUGUUAUUGUAUCGGCUCCUAUUGGUUAUUACUCUUCAACAGUUGGUCCAACUGAACAAAUUAUACCUGCAUUCUCUUCACAAUUACCAUGUAUUCCUGGUACAUACAAGAAUAUAACUGGCAUCGGUCGAUGUAUACCGUGUCCAGCAGGCACAAAAAACGAUGGAAUCAACCUUACAUUAUCAACUUGUACCGGUUGUGCAGUAAAUACAUUCUGUCCAUUUGGUUCUACAAGUGAUUCUAUCUCAAAUGAUCAAUUGAGUAAUGUUGUUCAAGCACUUGCUUAUCCAUCAACACCAGAUAUGAACGGAAUUGAUGAUAUCCUCUUUUUUACACUAUUUUCAAUUGAUUCAUCUCCACGUUGUAUUAUUAUUUCACCAAUCUUUUGGGCCUUAAUCGUUGGUGCUAUCGUAGCUAUUAUUGGAAGUACAAUGCUUACGAUGAAACAUUGUAUGAAACAUCCAAAAGCUGUAGAUAGAUAUAACAAGUUAGAAGCCGCAUUGAAACAAGCAGAUGUUAUUGGUGCAGGUGAAAUGUGGGUCGGGGGUCUCACUACAUUUUCUGUUUUAGUACUCCUUAUCGCUUGUUAUGUAUUUAGUGCUAAAUAUUAUAAUUCAUAUCCAAUUGAAAAAGCUGGACCUUCGACAUAUGCAUGUGAUACAACUAUACGGAAUGCACAAUUUACUUCAAGUUUACAGCCGUUGUCAGUACCAGUCUCAGACAGUGCUCAAGCAAUAGUUGACUUAUUAAAUAAUCAACCAGUAAAUCUCAAUGUCGCUUUUCUCAAUACAGCUUACAAUUGUACAUCAGAUACAAUUACAUUGACUUAUCUCCUAGGUAAAAUAUGGAUGCCAAUCACAACAAGUAUCUCCUGUAAUUCUUCAAACUAUAUACUUUCAUACAAUGUUCUUUUACCAUACAGAGAAAUUACCAUACAAUUUAAUUUACCUAACAUAUAUACGAUUGGCGGACUACGCAUCGGCCUUAGUGCACCUGGCCAAAUUCAAUCUUCUACAGUAACACUCCAAGAUUUAGACUUUUCUCAAACAUUCAGUCAAAGUGGACGUAUGUUAGGACAAGAUGCAAAUAUCGCUCUCUCUCUGACGAAAGUAAUUAAUGAUACAAGUCCACUUAAUGUUGGAGAUAAUGAUACAUAUAGUGGUCUUUGGAUUGGUUCAUUUUCAGUGAAUUACUAUGAAUCUUUCUUCGCAGACACUGAUUAUUUGAAUGUACCAGUUACAAGAUCAACAAAUUUGACAAUAACUAUUAGUGAAACAUCUUACUAUAUACUAAAUCAACAGUCACCAAUCGCAAGAUUACCUAUACUAAUCUAUCAUUGUUUCCUAUUUACAACAACAGUCGUUGGAUCGUUCACUUUCAUAUUUGUUAUAUCCAACUUGAUGAUUUUACCUGUUUCAGCUUUACUUGUUCGUAAAUGUAAAUCGAAAUUUGUCAAAAAUAAUCGAGUUAGUAGUAAUGAUAAUGAUUUACCAAUCUCAAGUUCUAAUUUGAACUUGUCACCAGAAACAAAAGCCGCCACAAAUCAAUGCUAA